AUGGCCCGCGGAAGAGGAAAUUUCAGAGGUCGAGGCGGCGGUAGAGGCGGCGGUAGAGGCGGCGGUAGAGGCGGCGGCCGAGGUCGAGGCCGAGGUGGUCGAAAGUCCUACGGCCAGUUUGGUCCUACUCGUCGUUUUGACAGUGCCCGUCUCGAUGAACGGGAAUCUGAUUCGUCUGAAGGCUCAGAAGAUGGGAAGGAAGAAGAAGUGGAGGACGACCUGAUGAGUGUUGAGUCUGAUGACGACGAGGAGGAGACUGAGCAACCCAGUCGGCCAUAUAUGGCGCUACUACAAAGCUUUCAAGAGCCCAGUGCACCCAAAGCUAAGCGUCGCAAACUGGAUCACAGAACACAAGGCGAAGAGGCACACAACUCAGAUGAGGACGGCGACGAAGAAGACGAGGGAAGAGAGGCUGAAGAUGCCGAUCUAGUCGAAGAUGAGGAAGAGGAAGAGGAAGAGGUUCUGCAGCAAGGAGUGGAUGACGAUGACUCGGAGGACGAAGGUGAAUCAUUGGACCCCUUUGAUUUGCAUUUUGCCCAUCCCGACGAAGCAAGCUCAGCCAAGGCCGUGAAUGCAGUGAAGAACGAAGAGUGGACGACCAGUCGACAGAUGAUGGGCCCUCUCAGGGCUACUUUGCAAUCUGUUGGCACUGAUAGCACAUUUGAAGUUCGUGACAUGAAGAAUGUCAAAUUGAAGCAAAAGCUGCAGGAGACUGCCGGCAAGACCCUCGCUGGAAUGGAUGAGACACAAAAGCAUAUUGCUUCUCUCCUGUUCAGCUAUCAAGAUGUAUUCUACUGUGAUCGCAAUGUUGGAAAUGCCGACACUCUGCGCCGAACACGGGAUCGGGUUAUUAAAAACAACUACAAACUUGCCAAGGAUCCGGAAACAGAGCAAGAGUUUAGGGACCAAGGGUUCACGCGCCCCAAAGUCCUAUUUCUUCUGCCGACGCGCAACUCCUGCGCCAGAAUGGUGCGCACGAUCCGAGAACUUUGCCAGCCGGACCAGGAGGAGAACCGCAAGCGCUUCGAUGAGUCGUACAUCACCAAGGAUAACAACUUUGGCGCCGACAGACCCGCCGAUUUCCGCGAUCUCUUCGAGGGCAAUGAUGACGACAUGUUCCGCCUUGGCGUCAAGUUCACCCGCAAAACCAUCAAGUACUUUGCCCAAUUUUAUAGCUCAGACAUCCUCUUCGCUAGCCCCCUGGGGCUGCGCAUGGCCAUGGGCUCUGAGGAAGACAAGAAAAAGCCCGACUCGGACUUUCUCAGCUCCAUCGAGGUCGUCGUCGUGGACCAGGCCGACGCACUGCUAAUGCAGAACUGGGAGCACGUCGAGUACAUCUUUGAGCGGCUCAACCUGCAGCCCAAGGAUGCGCACGGGUGCGACAUUGGGCGGCUGCGGCCGUGGUACCUCGAGGACGGCUGGGCGCGCUGCUUCCGCCAGACCGUCCUGCUCGGCGGCUUCCUGACGCCCGAGCUCGCGGAGCUGCAGCGCGGCGGCUGCGCCAACUGGGCGGGCAAGGCGCGCCUUCAGCCGUCGUACGCGGGCGUGCUUCCGCAGCUCGGCGUCAAGGCCCGGCAGACGUUCUCGCGCUUCCAGUCGCACGCGCUCUCCGCGGACCCGGACGCACGCUUCGACUACUUCGUCUCGGCCGUCGUGCCCGGCAUCGUCAAGCGCGCCAAGGAGUCGGCCUCGGCUGGCGGCACGCUGCUCUUCGUGCCAUCGUACCUCGACUUCGUGCGCGUGCGCAACUACUUCGCCACUUCCGUGACCGUCUCGGCCGUCUCGUUCGGCGCCAUCUCCGAGUACACGGACGUGCCCGAGGCGUCGCGCGCGCGCUCGCACUUCGUCACCGGCCGCCACAAGGUCCUGCUGUACUCGGAGCGGGCGCACCACUUCCGCCGUCUGCAGAUCAAGGGCGUCCAGCGCGUCGUCUUCUACGGCCUGCCGGACAACCCCGUCUUCUACAAGGAGAUUGCGGGCGAGUACCUGAGCAAGAGCGAGCAGGACUUGACCAUUGAGCCGGGCAGGGGGACCGUGCGGGUGCUCUUCUCCAGGUUUGAUGCCAUGAAGCUGGAACGAGUGGCGGGGUCCCAAAGGUUAGGCAAGAUGCUGAACGAUCGUGGCGAUACUUUUGAUUUCAUCUAG